AUGGCUGUGAAGCGUGAGGGCGCGGCAUUAGGCGUGCAGCUCAGUGUGCCCACCAUGGACGCGCUGCGGCUGCGCUUCGCCGAGCUGGCCCCGGGCCAUGCGCACCUCGGGGUUCCAGAUCCCGCUGACGCUGCUGCCGCCUCUACGCGCCUAGAACCGGCCCUCAGGGGACUGAACUUGGAGGAGGCGCAGCGCCUGGAGACGCGUCGGCGGCGCCUAGCGGCGCAGCUGCUGUCGGGCGCGGCCUAUCCGGCAGAGCUCCAGAUCUUCGCCCGCUUCGGCAUCCCGCCCAGCAUGCGGCGAGAGGUUUGGAGCUCCAUCAUGGGGGUUGUCGAAUCGACGGGGACCGCAGCUCUGCAGGAGGCAGCGAAGGGAAUCAACGAGUGGGAGUGGCUCACAGAUGACGUGUUGCGACUCGAUGUGUCGGAGCACUGCGCGAACGACGUGUCCUACUUCCCCUUCGAUGAGAUCGCCGAGGCGCUGGUGUUGGCACUCAGCAGAGACCCGCAGAUCUCGUCGAUGUGCGAAAGCGGGCCGCCGCAGAUGCCCAUUUUGAUCCCGGCACCCGACGCGAUGGAGGCAGCCGUGGCCAAGGAAGGAGCUGAACAGGAAGGUGGUCUGCGAGUCCCCCCUUCAGGCGUAGUGCCUUUCAAAGGCUUUUCCAACUACGCGUGUCCUUUCGCAUUCCUGGCCGAUCGACUGGAGACGGCCUACCCCUUGUUUCGGGCCUUCUACUGCCGAGUUCUGUGCCACUUGCACACAAUUUCGAAUCGGCCGGAGACGCUGUUGCAGCUUUGUGCCCUCUUCGAGUCCCUCGCUGACACCGCGGCCCCGCGUGCGGCGCAGCACGUGAAGCAGUUGGCCGUGGACUCCGCGCCACUUCGCUUCGCCUUCCACUGGAUCGUCACCGGCUUCGCCGGUUGCCUUCCCGCAGAGCAGUUGCUACACCUCUGGGACCGACUCCUUGGCUUCGACUCCCCUGUCCUGGUGGCUGUGCUGGCGGCUGCCAUCUUUGCCUUCCGUGCGAGGUUAGUGCUCGGCGCCCGACGUCUGGAGGGGCGCAGCGCAGACCCUCGACCCCAGUUUCAAAAGCGGGCCAUGAAGAACGCGGUAACCGCGACACGGACGGCUCUUCUCGUCGGAGGCUUGGAAGCCAAAGACGCCAGAGACGUGCUCCGCAGCAUUUGCCUCGAUCCUUUCUUGGUGGAGGAGUACGAGCGCGGCCAUGGCGCUGGGCCGCAGGGCACCCGUGAGGUUAACUUCUGCUCCAUCCGCUUCAACCCGGUGGUCUCCCUCCUGGCCGCCGUGUGUCUCUGGGGUUUCGUCCUCUACGCAGUCUUGGACCCAGAAGCCUCCACUGUCUUCGGGGAGUGGCAGUCCUACGUCACGAAGAAGUUCACCUGGCUCUACAUUGUGUCCCAGGACUACUGGAUUGUCUACCUCUUCCCACUUUGCUACUACUACGGGGACAUGAAGCUCGGCCAGGACGACGAGGAGCCCGAGUACGGCGACCUCACCUACUUGGCGAUGGUCUGGUGCGCCGGUGUGGCCAUCGGCCUGAUCUUCUACGGAGCCUCGGAGCCUCUGUUCCAUGCUGAGGAUGGCACCAACAAGUACAACAACAACGGGUACUUCAACGAGAACGACCGGGCCAUCAGUGGACUUCACAUCACGCUCUUCCACUGGGGCUUCCUGGCAUGGAUCGUGUACGCCAUCACUGCGCUGACCAUGGGCUUCCUCUCCUACCGGAAGAACCUGCCGCUGUGCUUCCGCACCUGCAUGGCCCCUCUCUUUGGCAAGGCCACUUGGGGCUGGAUGGGUGACUUGCUGGACGUCCUGACCAUCGUCACCAUCGUCGCCGGGCUCUGCACGUCCCUUGGCCUGGGCGCCCGCCAGAUUGUCGGUGGCAUGCAACGGCUUGAGUGGCUUGAGGGAACCCUCACCGAGGACCAGCUCACCAACACGGCUGCCUGGCUGAUCGCCGUCAUCACGCUGCUCGCCACCGCGUCCGUGGUGGCUGGCCUGGACUUUGGAAUCAAGACUGUCUCCUACACGGCCUUCAUGCUCGGCAACUUCCUCAUGGUGGUCAUCUUCAGCCUGGAUGAGCCUUGGUACAUCCUCAACGUCAUCGUGCAGGCGGUCGGCUACCACCUUGCGCACUUCGUAGAGCUCGCCUUUGACACCGACGCCUUUGCUCAGCUGGACCUCGGCAACGGCAGGCCCAACGACGGCAAGGGAGCCCAUCCUUCCUGGAUGGACUGGUGGACCAUCUUUUACUGGGGCUGGUGGAUCGCUUGGGCCCCUUUUGUGGGCACGUUCAUGGCCCGCAUCUCUCGAGGACGUACCAUCAAGCAGGUGGUCCUGUACACCCUGACCUUGCCCUUCCUGUACGCCGUGCUGUGGUUCUGCAUCUUCGGCGCAGCCGCCAUCCGCAUGAACCGCCGGGCCAUCUGGUUGGAGAAUGUUGGCACGGAACUGUACGGCAACGCCGACUACUUCCUCCACACCGACCUCACCUUCCGGCCCAGCGGGGCAGGCAAGUGCUUCGACGUGCCAGCGAGCCUGCCAGGAGAUGCUUACAGCAGCUACUCCGUUAACACGGAUGUGAGCCCCGUCUGCAAGUUCUCUUCGGGUGACUCCUCCGGGUAUUGGUUCGACCUGAUGGGCCAGUACUAUGGCAUGGGCAACAGCCUGGUCUUCGUGUCCAUCGUCACCACCAUCCUCUACUUCGUGACGUCCAGCGACAGUGGCUCUUUGGUGGUGGACCUGAUUGCCGCAAAUGGUCGCGAGGCGCACGUCGUGCAGCGCAUCUUCUGGGCGGUGACGGAGGGUGCAGUUGCCAUCGCGGCACUCGCGUCUGGGGGCUUCAGCUCCCUCACCGCGUUGCAGGCCGUCUCCAUUGUCAUGGGCCUCCCAUUCACAAUCGUGAUGAUGAUGAUGUGCACGUCCCUCUGGCGUGCAUUGAAGGUCGAGGCUGGGGAGAUUGCCCCCAGAGGCCAACGACCGGAUUGGAACCUGCCUCUUUACGGCGGCAUCUUCGAUGCUCCUGAAUGGGUCCUAACCUUCGGGAGGUCGAAAAUGCCGCCUCUGCGCGUCUUCACGACCUUCGCCCUGGCAACAGUCAUGCCUCCCGUCCUCUUCUGGCGCUCCAUGCGGGCCAUGUCCAAGUACGAGAAGGCCCCGACACAUGCCGGAACGCACGGCAUGCUCGCGCUGGUGCUGGGCCUUGCCUUCAAGGCUUUCGUGAUCCUCCACAUCGUCUCAUGGGUCUACCAGGCGGAUGCAAACGGCCCCAAGGAAGGCAAGGCGAUGUGGGCUAUGGCCUGGGUUGCGUACCUCACCUUCGCCGGCGUCUUGUCCUUGGGCCGGCAUCAAAUCCGGAGGCUGUACGGCAUUGAGGGCUCCGGCAUCGAGGACAUCUGCGCCGCCGUCUUCUUGUACCCGCAGACGCUCUGCCAGAUGCUGGCCCAGGUCGGCAGCGAGCCGGCCCCAAAGCCAGUUUACAAGAAGGGGCAGGAAAGCAAGAAAACGGACGUCGAGAUUUGA